CUCAAGCUUCGACAUAGACAUCGGUACCUAGGUAUCCGUCGGUCAGGGUGUCACGUCGUCUUAACCACAUCUAGGACUGGGAACACCCUUACUCCGUUGUCACAAUCCCCUAAACCAUGCGGGGGAUCGUGACAAGAAUGUGUAUGGUUUGGUUGAUUAAUGGACCACCGUGAUCUUCCAACUCAAACAUUCCCCGCAUUCUCAUGACAUGCUAUCCCGACUCUCAGGAUGGACCUAAUAUUCAAACGACAACAUGGAACGCCCAAGCGGAAAGACGACCGUCGUACUACACUUUGACUAUGACUGCUUCUAUGCCUCAGUCUUCGAGAAUCAGAAUCCGGCUUUGCAAUCUCUGCCACUGGGUGUUAAGCAGAAGGGCAUCUUAGCCACCUGCAACUAUGCUGCCCGUGCGCGAGGCGAAUGUCCCGAGCUCGUGAUUGUCGAAGGAGAGGAUCUGACGCCCUUUCGAGAUACGAGCAAGAAACUAUUCAGUUUUCUUCGAUCCCACUCGUGGAACCAAAAAGUUGAGAGACUCGGUCUAGACGAGGUGUUUAUGGAUGUCACGGAUAUCAUUAACUACAACGUUCCUCUUUUGAAUAGAUCUUGUCUCUCGGAUUCGUUCUUCUGUCUUUCCCAGGAGAAUCCAGAGAGUGGCUUUCCAUGCGACCUGACGAGGCUUGCAGGCUGUGUACACGGCUCUCUCCCGGAACCACCGCCUCUCGAGAAUCCCCUGUACGUCCGCCUGUUGUUGGGCUCGCACCUAGCAUGGUAUCUGCGCCUCCAGCUGGAAGAGAGGUUCGGGUUUACCUCGAGCUGCGGCAUCUCCAUGAACAAGCUUCUAAGUAAACUGGCUGGGAGUAAACACAAGCCGCGCAAUCAAACCACGCUUCUGUCGUUAAACGAUGCUGUGGUCCUGGAUUUUGUGGAUUCCCACAACAUACGCAAAAUACCUGGCAUUGGUGCCAAGACGACACGGCUGUUGGAGCAACGGAUAUUGUCCGAGAACACGAGGGUUGAUGUCCGAGUCCAUCCCGACAUCUCCCCCUAUGGCCUGGAGACGUUGCUGGGAGGUCCUGGAUCCGAACAGGGUGCAGGACUGAGAGUAUGGCACCUCUUGCACGGCGUAGACGAUAUCGAGGUCAAAGAGGCUAGCGACUUUCCGACACAGAUCAGCAUUGAAGAUACGUACAGGGGCCUUAACAGUCUAACACGGAUUGAGGAGGAGCUCAGAAAGCUGUCCGCUUCCCUGGUGAGGAGGAUGCGGGUGGAUCUGCUCACGGUGCACGAGUCUGCGGAACAUGGGGCCUCGGACCAAAGGUGGAUGGCGCAUCCGAAAACACUCCGGCUCUCCAUCCGGUCAUGGCCGGCCAAGGCGGAGACGUCUGAUUGGGACUUCAGCCGGACGUCCCGGUCACAGCCCUUACCAAACUUCGUCUUAAGUCUAAAAGAGAGCGUCGAGACCAUCGCAGAACGGCUUACUUCGGACACCUUAUUCCCGAUGCUGAAGAAGCUCCACCCCGAGAAGGGUCACAUAUGGGAUUUACAACUCAUCAAUGUCUGCGUGGCGAAUAUGAUCCCGAGUGGUAGCCAGGCCGGGACCAGCGUCGGCAGGGAUAUUUCUAUCAUGUUCAAGCGGCAGGAUGAUGUGCUUAGACAGUGGAGGUGUCAGCUCAUAUACGGUAUCAUGAUCUAG